GGAGCACACUCCUCGUUUCCCAUCCCACCUCCACUACCUGUUCCUCUUCCCCCCACCUUCUCAAGGCCAUUGCCUUUCUUGGCCGCGUCUCAGAGUACGUGAAGAAGAGAAGCCAUGGCGCUCAGGGCUUCCUUCCCCGGGGAGCUGGCCGGAGGAGGAGCCUCCUUCCUCGACUCCGGCAGGGGAGCUUUCCGCCACCGCAAAGUGGACUUCACUUUUCAAAGGAGGGACAGAAGAGCAGUUUCACUGAGAAGGACAUGCUGUUCUAUGCAACAGGGACCACCGCCGGCAUGGCCUGGUCGAGCUGUUGUUGAACCUGGGAGGAAGUCAUGGGAUGGCCCAAAGCCUAUUUCAAUUGUUGGUUCAACUGGUUCCAUAGGAACUCAGACAUUGGACAUAGUUGCGGAGAAUCCUGAUAAAUUCCGAGUUGUUGCUCUUGCUGCUGGCUCCAACGUGACUCUUCUAGCUGAUCAGGUGAAAACAUUCAAACCAAAGCUGGUUGCUGUAAGAAACGAGUCAUUACUUAAUGAGCUAAAGGAAGCCUUAGCUGAUUGUGAGGAGAUGCCAGAAAUUAUUCCUGGGGAGCAAGGUGUCAUAGAGGUUGCUCGCCACCUAGAUGCAGUUACAGUUGUUACCGGCAUAGUCGGGUGUGCUGGACUGAAGCCUACAGUUGCAGCUAUUGAAGCUGGGAAAGAUAUUGCACUGGCAAACAAAGAGACACUUAUUGCAGGCGGUCCUUUCGUGCUUCCUCUUGCACACAAACACAACGUGAAAAUACUUCCUGCUGAUUCUGAGCACUCUGCAAUAUUUCAGUGUAUACAAGGCUUGUCUGAAGGAUCACUUCGACGCAUUAUUCUGACUGCAUCAGGUGGUGCUUUCAGGGACUGGCCAGUUGAGAGGUUGAAAGAUGUAAAAGUUGCCGAUGCUUUAAAGCACCCAAACUGGAAUAUGGGGAAGAAGAUCACAGUAGAUUCUGCUACUUUGUUCAACAAGGGUUUAGAAGUUAUUGAAGCACAUUACCUGUUUGGUGCUGAAUAUGAUGACAUUGAGAUUGUUAUUCACCCACAGUCUAUCAUACACUCUAUGAUUGAAACCCAGGACUCGUCUGUCUUGGCUCAGCUGGGAUGGCCAGAUAUGCGGUUACCGAUCCUAUACACCUUAUCUUGGCCAGACAGAAUCUACUGCUCUGAGGUCACCUGGCCCCGGCUAGAUCUUUGCAAGUUGGGUUCACUGACAUUCAAAGCUCCCGACAAUGUGAAAUACCCAUCAGUGGAUCUUGCAUACGCAGCUGGGCGUGCAGGGGGCACCAUGACAGGAGUUCUCAGUGCUGCUAACGAGAAGGCCGUGGAGCUCUUCAUCGAUGAAAAGAUCAGCUAUCUGGACAUCUUCAAGGUGGUGGAGCUUACGUGCGACGCUCAUCGCAAUGAGCUAGUGACAAGCCCGUCGCUUGAGGAGAUCAUACACUACGAUCAGUGGGCGAGGAAGUUCUCUGCCAGCCUACAGGCAUCGACAGGACGGAGCCCUGUUCUCGCCUAAGGCCGCAAUUGCAAACACCCGUGGCUUCCCCUCAAUUCUCGCCGGAAUUGAACUAUUUCUGUGGAAUUUCUGCGCUCCAAACAUGGCAUUAGAUCUCUAGCUACAAAGGAUACAAUCUAGCUUGCCUAGCUAUCAUGAUUAUGGUGUAUAGCAGGAGCAGGUCUAGAAGAUGAAGUUGGGCAGCUACAGAAAGUGUACACGGCUGUGACUAACUUCCAGGCCCAGGGCCAUGGUCGAAUUGGUCAUUCGGACUAGAUCAGGAUUUAUCAAGGCACACCUAGUUGCCUUCCUGAAUGUAAAUCAUGUAUGUGCAUGAAUAAAUUGUGUGUUCCAUACCAAUUUUGAUGGAUUAAGUGAAUAGCAUGGAAUAUUUAGGAAAGAAUCAAAUGUGUUUCUACAUUUUGAACAAGAAAUGGUCAUUCGUCAA